AUUCUGUCGUUCAUCGUUCCGACAUCUCUUUAGUCGCCGCCCUCAGCUUCCGCCGGUCCCCGUAUUCCAUAUCCACAGCCUCCACCACACUCCCACCAAGCAGUCUUCAUGUCAGCAAUCUCACGAAUCAACGUCGACGACCGUAUCCACCCCUACCGUUCAUCCAUGGACGAGGGCGUCCGGGACUGGUUAAAGAAAGGCCAGGUCCAGCAGUUCCAGCUGGGCGUUCAUGAACAGCGCAGCCCCCUGCAGCAAUCUGGCCUCUUGAGCAGCGUCUCUCUUGGGCUCAGAGCCCAGACCCAGACCCCAACUCCACUCACGCCCUUGACUCCUCCCGAGAGUGACUUUCCAGAACACCACCAACCUGUGGUCCACCACGUCUCCUCGCCCUCCGUUGUCGCUUCGUCCGCUGUCGAUAUCGAGCCUUUUGCUCCCGACAAUACCUCUGCCUCGGCCCCGUACGAAGUCUCCCCCGCUCCCCAUGAUGCCUGCUCCGUUCCCCCUCGCUCCCUUUCGCCUGUGCCGGGAGAGCCCAGAGCACGACCGCUCCGUGGCCCGCGCAUCACCCAAAUCCGCGGCGACCUUUUCCGCCUCUCCAUGGCCAUCAAGUCCUGGAAGAACGGCAGUGGCGCCGGCAACGACUAUGUCAUCCAAAAUGAGCUAUCGCGGCUCUCAAGCGCCAUUCAUGGCCUGCUGCUCCAAGAGGCGUCCGCCGUUCCCGACCCGGUCUCGGCUCACGAGAGCGCUGACUACGACUCGGGUCUCGAAAUCAUUGAGUCCUAUGAGGAGCGCAAUAGCGUGGCCAAGCACAUCGGCAUCCCGCUGGAUAUUCCCGACAAACUCACUCCCGAGUUCCUUGACGAAAUUGAGGGCUUCCUCUCCCGCAUGCCGAGCCGCUUCGAAGACCAGCUCUACAUUCAGCGAUCCGACAGCCGCUCCACACCCCUCGCCGAGGACGAUCCCCUCCGUGUCUAUGAACCCCCCGCCAAAGGCCAUAACGGCCCGUGGCCCCUCAUGCAGAAGCUGCGACGGGGCGGGCCCGGUGCGUCCAGAAAUCUGCGCCGCUGGAUGUCCUUUUCGGUUUCGUCCGUUCGCCCGAAUGCCUCGACCGAUAACCUCAACCUUCCCAACCUGCUCCGCGGCCGCUCUCGCACCCCCGGUCCCGGAGACAUGGGCAGCGAUGCCGACGAUGAAGACGAAGCCAACGACAUUGUCGAAAACAUCGCACCGGGCCCGGACACCCACUACAAUCGCUUCAAGAAGGCCUUUGCACUCACCCGCCGGCCCUCCAUGGAAAACUUCAAGGCUCUGGUCCUGGACCGCAGCCGCGCCGAGGCUGGUCGCGACUAUCGUUUCUCUGGCGAAAGCGAUGCCACCAUCACCCCGUCCGUUCCAAGCAAUCCCUUUGUAAAGCUGGUGCGGUCCUCGUCGCUUCGGCCCAGCUCCUCAUUCCUGUCUGGCUCCCGGGUCGAAAGCAGCAACGACCGGUACAAGCGAGCCAGCGUCGGCACCGACUUCAUCGAGCCCUUUGUGCCUUCACCCACCGAUCUGUCCUUUGAGUCUCUCUCGCGCAGUUGUAGAGACAUGGACGCUGACAGCAUCGCCAGCACCAGCAGCGACAUCACUGCGAGCACCAGCAGCACAGCGUCCGCCACAGUGGUGCAGACCUCACCCAGACGCAGCACAGGCGAGCUCGCAGCCGCUCCGCCCAAGUAGUUGCCGUCAGGGAUUAUUUGCUCGUGCUCUCUUCUUA